AACUUAUCCCGGCUCACAAAUCUCACUCUGCUCAAAAAUCAAACUCUGAUUCAUGCAUGACAUGAUUAGUCAAGCUUAUCUCCCCCAUAAAUAAAGCUGACCAUGGAAUAUCUAUAUAAUUACCACCUGCUUCAAUUGGAUUAUUUCUUUGUACAGCUCUGAUCGUUCGGAUCAAAAAAAAAAAAAAAAAAGCUCUGGUUGUUGUCGUUAUCCAACUUAUCAUACGUGUGAAUAUAUAGGUUGGAGAGACACACACACACACACACACAGAGAGAGAGAGAGAGAGAGAGAGAGAGAGAGAGAGAGAGAGAGGGAAAGGUGAGAGAAAGAUCCCAAUAGAAAAACAGAGGGUCCUUUGGAGGAGGGAGGGAGAACAAUGGCAGGCGCAGCGUUUGGCGAUGGGGGAGAUGGGAAAAGGGCUCAUCUUUAUGAGUAUAGGAUUACUGGGUACUUCAUAUUUGCUUGUGUUGUUGCUGCUUUAGGAGGUUCUCUCUUUGGUUAUGAUCUUGGCGUUUCUGGUGGAGUGACUUCCAUGGAUGAUUUCUUGAAGGAAUUCUUCCCAGAAGUGUACAGAAGGAAGCAAGCGAAUCUCAAAGAGACGGAUUACUGUAAAUACGACAACCAGGUCCUCACGCUUUUCACUUCCUCUCUAUACUUUGCAGCCCUUGUCUCAACAUUCGCAGCCUCACACGUAACCAGAAAUAAAGGCAGGCGGGCUAGCAUCCUUGUCGGAUCAGUUAGUUUCUUUAUGGGAGGAAUCGUCAAUGCUUUCGCAAAGAACAUUGCAAUGCUGAUCAUUGGUAGAAUUCUCCUCGGUUUUGGGAUUGGAUUCGGUAACCAAGCAGUUCCUUUGUAUCUUUCAGAAAUGGCACCGGCAAAAAUCCGAGGAGCGGUUAACCAACUAUUUCAACUAGCAACAUGCCUUGGGAUUCUCAUAGCAAACUUCAUCAACUACGGAACCAAUAAGAUCCAUCCAUGGGGGUGGAGACUAUCCCUCGGUUUAGCCAUAGUCCCAGCAACUUUUAUGUUUGUUGGGGGACUUUUCCUUCCAGAAACCCCAAAUAGUCUUGUAGAACAAGGCAAAUUAGAAGAAGGUAGACGAGUGUUGGAGAAAGUGAGAGGUACCAAGAAUGUGGAUGCAGAAUUCGCUGAUCUAGUUGAUGCAAGCAACGCCGCACAGGCCAUAAAACACCCAUUCAGAAACCUCCUCAAGCGGAAAAAUCGCCCUCAGUUGAUAAUUGGAGCUCUGGGAAUCCCUGCUUUCCAACAGCUCACUGGGAACAACUCCAUUCUCUUCUAUGCACCAGUGAUAUUCCAGAGCUUGGGGUUCGGCUCAGGAGCGGCUCUUUAUUCAUCUACCAUCACAAGUGGGGCACUGGUUGUGGCUACAUUGAUAUCAAUGGCACUAGUUGACAAAUUCGGUAGAAGGGCUUUCUUCUUGGAAGCCAGUGCUGAAAUGAUAAUCUGCAAUGUGGCGGUGGCGGUGACUUUGGCUCUUGAAUUCGGACAAGGAGUCGUGCUCCCAAAGGGGAUUGGCGUCUUCCUGGUAAUAGUGAUUUUCAUAUUCGUCUUGGCUUAUGGAAGGUCAUGGGGUCCUCUGGGAUGGUUAGUCCCGAGCGAGCUUUUUCCCUUGGAGACAAGAUCAGCUGGGCAGAGUAUGGUGGUCUGCGUCAAUAUGAUCUUCACUGCUCUGAUAGCGCAGUGUUUCCUUGCAUCUCUCUGCCACCUCAGAUACGGGAUCUUCUUGCUGUUUGCAGGCUUGAUUGUCAUUAUGGCCACCUUCAUCUUCUUCCUUUUGCCAGAAACAAAACAAGUCCCAAUAGAGGAGAUACAUUUCUUGUUUGAAAAUCACUGGUUCUGGAAGAGAUAUGUCUGCAGUGAUGAUUACGAGAAACCUGGGCAGGAACUCUGAAAACUUGGGCAAAAACUAGUUUGGUGAAGCAUUUUCAUUUACUUUGAAAAAAUAUUCAAUACAUGUUCAAUGUAUCGGUUCAAGUUUAUUCUUGGGGAAAUGCUUUUCUUUUCCGCAUCGUUUUGAACAUUUCGGGGAAUUCAAAGUGCAGAUAUUGUUCAUAA